AGCGUUCAUCAUUUAGGACAACUCGUGUGGAGAAAAAUACACCAUGAUGCUUUAUAAAGGAUUUCUCCUUUUCCUGUUGGCCUCUCCUGGGGACGUUGCUUCCUUAUCUUGUUAUUCGUGUAACAACGUUGACAGUUUAGAUAGUUGUAAAACUAUAACAACAUGCGGGAAAAGAGAGUCAUGUUUCAAACGUUUACAAAAGAGAGGACAAUAUGCCUCAUUCACACUCGGAUGUACACAAAAUGAGAAUUGUGGUAACAUACCAGUAUACACUAACGUGUCAAAGUUGAGCAAUGGUCAACUGCUCCAAGAAUGUGAAGAAUGCUGUGGCGUUGAUCAAUGUAACAAAGACCUUUGCAACCACAAAACUCCGCCCCCUUGCAGCGAUAAUAUGGAAAACUGUGCAUUCUGGAACAAAGAUUUUGACAUCUGUGAAGAUAUCCAUAAAGCUAAGUUACACUGUCGUAAAUUCUGCAAAUUGUGUGAUCUAGUUGACGGUAACUGGGCUGACUGGUCAUCUUGGUCAACAUGUGACGUCACAUGCGGUCAUGGAAAACACACACGAACCAGAACGUGUACUAACCCAUCACCUGCAUACAAAGGUCUUGAUUGUAAUGGAACCAACACAGACACUAAACCUUGUACCCGGCCAUUAUGUCCAGUACAUGGAGGCUGGGCGGGAUGGUCAAGUUGGGAGUCGUGCCCUGUAACCUGUGACAUAGGUAUACAGAAGAGACACCGUAAAUGUACUAACCCGUCUCCAUUACGGCAUGGCAACCAUUGCUUUGGUGAUUCUAUGGAUGUCAAACUGUGCAAGCAAAAUCCAUGUGACGCAUCAAAUGGUGGUUGGUCAAAUUGGAAUACAUGGAGCAGCUGCAGUGUAUCUUGUGGUGGAGGAGUUAAAACCAGGUCCAGAUCAUGUUCAAAUCCAGUUCCUGGAAUUCAUGGAAAACCUUGUGUUGGAGAUAAUAUGCAAGUAGUAACCUGCAACAAAGAGGACUGUCAAUCAAACUCAACUGUUGCAUUUAACGCCUACUAUGUAACUGACUGCAGUCCAAGUGCUGGCCAGACUAUGAUUUUUUCUAAGAUACUUAUGAAUGAAGGAGAAGCAUACAACCCUUCCACUGGUGUGUUUGUUGCCCCUAAAGAUGGAACGUACACAUUUUAUGCACAACUAUGUAUUAAUAGUAGAACAAGUAUUCACUUUGAUAUAAUGGUAGGAUCAAAAGUUUAUGCGACCGCCUACGGAUAUGACUCCAGCGCUUAUAGCUGCCCAUCGACACAAGCAAUCGCACAAAUGAAAUCAGGUGACAAAGCCUUUGUGCAAUGGAAAUCAUGGACACAAAGUAGUAAUGCUGUUCCACAAAGUUAUACAUAUGUAAGAAAUUUUUUCUCUGGAAAAUAUUCAAAUCCUUAAUUGUUACACCUGACGAGAUGAUUUCUCAAGAAAUAUAUUUGAUUCAGAAAGAAGGUAUAGAGGAUCUUUUAUAAAACCUUAUUGACGAUAAAGGGCAUGACUAAUUCAUAAAAUGUUUUUUUUAUGACUGACAUUAAACAGCAUGUGUUAUGUCAUCGUUCACUCGCACAGUUAUGCACUUUCAAUUUUAAUAAUGUUUUGUUUUUCAAAUAUAGUUGGUAUUUUCAAAGAUAUGAUAAUGAUUAAUUACUUAGAUUGUAUUUCAUUCAAUAUUUCAAUUUCUUUAUCUUUAAAAUAUCCAUGUCUCUGUUUAUUGAUGCAAGUAUGUAAACACAAAGUUAAUGUACUUAAUUUUAUGGACUGAAUUUUAUGUUGUAUCAGUACUGUAGCAAAUACUUUUGUUUUGGUAACAGAUCUAAGUAAUAAAUACACAUAGUGUUUCGUUGGACGAGCCGCCUGCAAAUUUGGUGUAAUGUAAUGUUUUUUGUUGUUAUUUUUUAAGUUAUUUUUUUUUGUAUAAAUUGAUAGAUGAAAAUUAUUUGAUCAGUAGGCAAUGCAAAGCUCAGUUUCAACUUGAGACCAAACAUAUUUUCUGUGCUCGAAAACGGAUAUUAAGUUGUUGACUUAUUUCCUUGUGUAUUUAAUGCUACAUGUCCCUCAUUUUGUUAAUAAAAUUUCAUUUUGGCUAUAAUAGAUGAAUUAUUUAAUUUUAUUUAUUGAUAGGUGAAACCUAUAAUUUGGACUAAAGUUUGAUUGCUAAAUAGUGUAAUAUUCCUGUUUUAUUUUACAUGCCGUAUAUUAUAAUCAAAUUAAGUGCAAACAAUUUCAAACAAAAUAAUAGCAGAUAUAAAACAAGAAUAAGUCAUUUAAUAAGGUUAGUACUUUCAUUUUAGAAAUUGAUAAAAGAAUGUUAAAGAAUCCACUUUUACGUGCUUGUUUUGUACAGUUUGUAAGAUUAUACUUAUUAUGUUAUUUUUUAGACCAAUACAAUAAUGUGUAUAUGUACAAUUAGGAGAUCCAAUGAGCAUGUUUGUGUGAUUUUUUGUUUCAUUUUCUUUUACUAUAUAUAUCACCUAUAUUUAUCAACUUUGUUUUCAAAUUAACAAAAAGCUAUCUUGUCCGGUUGAAUUGUUCGUGUUACAUUGAUAAUUUAAUAAAUAUAAUUUCCACAAUGUCAUUUGCAAAAUUAACUUGUAAAUAACACACACGUUAACAUUAAAUGAAUAAAAGAACGCCUGAGGUAUUGCACCUCCGGUGGAGAUAGAUAUCCGCCAAUGACCUCAACGGUGAUAGUGCGACUUCCCCCCUCCCCUAAUUAAUAUAUAAAUGUGAUGAUUUACAUAACAUUUGCCUUACAAUGAAAUAUUCCUUUCGAUCAUAUGUGAACAAGAUAGAGAUAAUUCUGUUAUUGUGAAUUGCGAAAUUGCUGUAUAUACGCAUACUUUACUUGUACUUUACAUACAUUGCAAUGUCAACAAAACGCAUUCUGUAGAGCAAUAACCUUUUUACACUGGUACCGAUUAUUCUCAAAAUAUGACUUGAAAAUGAAUUUCACCUUACAGACAAAAGCUUCCAAGCCACAACCGAAAUGUUGACUGCCAAAGAAAAUUUCGUUUUUUAGAAAAAAAUGCACUGUGUUGUGAUUGUAUCUAUGUCAUGUAUGUCAGGGCCAACUAGUUAAUAAGUUUUGUUUUUGUUUCAAUCUAAUUGACAUUGAAAUAAUUCAAUUAUUCGGCGCUAAUAUUAUAUAUUUAGUAUCUAACAUAAGUAACACAUGUAUAUUUUGUUAAUUUAGUAACUUUUUAUAUGGGUUAAUAAAAAUGAUAACCA